ACUGCAGCGUCAGAAUGACCUUUAUUGUAGUAUUUUAACCACCGGUCGCUGUGGCGGCGACUCCAGCCGCUAACUCAUGAAUGUCUCCCUGUCACAACACAAGACAAGACAAGAAAGGGUUUUUAUUAUUGUUUCUAAUCAGGUGAGAAAGAACAGCUGGUCAAAAUGGGAGGAAAUGGAAGCACGGCGAGGAAAGUGUCAUUCGGACUGGACGAAAACGAGAAGGUCACAGUAAUUGAAGGAGUGAAGCUUUCAGAGGAUGUGCUCCGGCGGAUGAGGGAAUCUCAGGGGUCUGACAGUGACAAGCCGCCACCAUCUCAGCUGGACAGUAAAAAACCACCACCACCAACAGGACCCUCAUCUACAGAAAUACAUGAGGAAAUGCGCAAAAACUUUGAGCGUCAGCAGGCCCUGGUGCAGGAGCAGUUGGCGAGACUGGCCCAGAGGGAGAGAGAGACUGCUGUUACCACAGGCCUGGAUGAUCUGACCCCUGCCCUCCUCAUCGAGAAAGGGAAGGCCCAUGAAGAGCAAGAAAAGGUUAAGAUGCUGGCCAGACAACUGGAGAUGAAAGAAAAAGAGCUGGUCAGCAUUUCCAGCUUCUAUAAAGAUCAGCUUGAAACACUGGAGAAGAAGAACCUUGACAAUUACAAGCAGAUGGCUGAACAGUACGACGAGGCAGCCACCAAAGCUGAGGCUCACAUCCGGCCCCGGCAGACUGUGUCUGUGUGCACUGAGCUGCAGGCCAAGGUGCUCGAGUGUUACAGAGAAAACCCACAUCAGACCCUACACUGCUCCAUUCUGGCCAAACAGUACAUGGCCUGUGUCCAGCAAGCCAAGAGCUCACUGAAGAACCACGGCUGAGAAACCCAAAGAAAGCAGAGCAGGAAGAGAAGAAGUAGAGAGGAAGGAGAGAGAGCAUGUCGAAUCCGUCCAUUUUUUGCCUUCCUCUGUCCUUCUCCUGUCCAUCCAUCCAUUUAUUUAGCCACCGUCACUGAAAAACACCCCCCCCACCCCCACCCCUCUUUUCCACUUACCAUCUUUCUUGGUUUUUGAGUGUAUUAUCUUGACUUGUCACUCCAGAGUGUAUGAUGUGUUGAUUUAUUGUCAAGUUGCGCAGGCACACCCCUGCCGUCGCUGAAAUAAAUCCCAGUGAUCCGGUGGUGAUGAGACUGCAGGUUGUGUGUCUUUGUGUCUUGUGUGUGCGUCUUAUAUGGUGGUGGAUGGCGGUCUCUUGUCACGACACGCUAAUAAUGCUUCCACUACUGAAAAUGGGGUCGCGUGCACCCUUCUGACAAUGCUGUGCAGGCCCAGGGGCUUGAUUGUGUGCCGUGCUCAUGGUUUCAUUAAGAGAAAGAAGGGAAAGGAGAGUGAAGGAAAUGAGGGAUAAAUGAAGUGGAGGACAGAUGAAUAGUGAAUUGAGCAUGUAUUAAUAUGUGUGUGUAUGUGUGCAUCUGUCUGUUUCACGUGUUUUUCCACUAUAGUGAACCCGUGUACAUACAUGUCGUCACGUAAAGGUGCUUGCGUGGACGCAUGCACGUGAGCAACACACCGGACAGGCCACAUAUUGUCCCUGCUAGCUGUGUUACCAUGGCGACAGCAGGGGUUGGCGCUAGCAGCAAGGUGUGGAGGAACCUUCCAGAUAACCCUGAAGUGCCGUGCCUUUCUUUUCCCGCCUUAUUACUGUGAAAGACAUGGGAUUGAGGUUGCCGUGGUAACCGGCCCGGCUUUGAUUGGGGGAGACAGCUGCAUGGUGCGAGGUUAGAAGAUGGCUGCUCACGCCUCACAAUGCGCCACUAUUGAUUUCCAGUCCUUGACAAUUACUGGGCCCAGUUGACUACAACAGUUUGCAGGAAAUGUGCAUAAAACAAAGGGGUGUGUGUACGUGUGUGUAUUGUUGAGGGGGUUCUAACCGUAAUGUUCGCUCCCCAGCCAACACACAGUAAUUGUCUUGCUCUUUUCCUACCGUUUAAGUGCAGGUGUUUGUCUGAAAAAGCGAUUGUCUGAGUUCUUGCCAGAGACCUCUCAGACAUCCUGUAGCUCGCGCUAGAGACAGCUUUGACAGUCAGCCACAGAGCCUAAUGUUAUAUGUUUUAGCAGCUCGGCACUGUCUCCUUUGUUCGGUAUUUGAACGCCGUUUGUCGGCUGUUCGUUCUCAUCCGGCUGAAGAAGUGUCGGCAAGUGAGCGGUGGUGUCAGACUUUGACAAACUGCUGCCCUUUGUAAAGAUUUAAUGGGGAUCAAUUCAAGUAAAAUUAGACACUUGUAGAAUUCACGUGCAGUCAGACACACAUACACGUACCUACUUCUUUCUUGAGUUCACCCGCUGCUGGAGUCUUUUGCCCUGCACUUUUCUCUCUCCCUCGCUGUUUCGCUCUCCCCUUUUUCUUCUCUUUCCCUCAGCCAACUUGGCAUCGUAUAUGUGAGAAGUCGACAGUGAGCCUAAUUGGAGUGUGUGGCUCCAUCAAUGACAGUCACCGUUCUGUUUCUGCACGCAGCACACACUCACACGCAGCUCUCGAGCUAAUUGAAUAGUCUUUUAUUAAACUGUGUUAAUGUGAACUGGAACUGGCUGCUGGUGAAUUGAAUUAGACCCCCCACCACCAUCACCAGCACCACCAUACACAUAAACACGCACAGCUCGCUGAACUGGUGGGAUGGAUGGAGCCUCAGCCUAAAUAGAGGAAGAGGAGGAGGAGAAGGAAACAGGAAGGGAGUGAGAGGGUGUUGUUUCAUCCAGCACCCACAGACAAAGACAGACAGAAAGAAGGAAUACAAAGGGUGGUAGGACUUCGGAGAGUGUAGAGAUAACCAAAGGGCCAUGAAGCAGCGGGGGACCUGACCCAAGUGUCUGGAAUGAAACUCAGGCUGUCACAGCACGUGACUGAGGGUGGGGCAGUGCAAGCACCCUACACUGUCAUGGCUGACACCAGAAGAGGAGAGGAGCCCUGGAAAAAAAAAAGGAACAAAAAAGGAGAGCAGAGGGCUCAACAAACCAAACACCACAAUGAAGACAGAGAGUAAGGAAAGAGAACGAAUGAAAGAGGUCAAAGUCAUCAAGGACACAGCCUUUAAUCUGGGAGCAGGGGGCAGAGAGUGAGACAGGGAUGGGUGAAGUGAGGAAGGUAGAGAGAAGAGGAGAGGGAGAGACAGUCCACUGAGGCCUAUGGAGGCAGCUUGAAGAAGAUAGCUCCCUCCUUUCUGCUUUAUUAUAUUACACUGGUGGAUAAAAAGAAUCCGACAUCCUCUAAAGUCAUUACAGCCCAGUAAGACUGGCUCAGAGGGCAACGCAGCUCCUUAACCCCUCUCAGCACAUGCCUGGAUGUGUGUGUCUCUCAGAGGGUGAUCGAAUGAGAGAAAGGGUGUGCAAACAUCUUAGAGACUGAGCAGGACUGUUUGUUUGUGUGUGUGUGUGUGUGUGUGUGUGUGUGUGUGUGUGUGUGUGUGUGUGUGUGCGCGCGCACACAUAUUCACCAAACCAAAGUGGCACAUCACUUAAUCCGUCCCCAGUAACUAGGAUAAGCCACCAGUCUUAUCUCUCCUUCUCCCCCCUCGUUCUUUCCCUCACUCUUUCUUUCCUCAGGAAACUAUUGUCCCUUUUCCCGUCAUACCCUCCUCACAACCCCCCUCCCUCUUUCAUUCUUAUUACCCUCCUCAGCCCCAGACUUUAAUGCCUCAUUAUUCUGUAUUUAGGGCCUAGAAUCUGCCCUUGCACCAGCAGUAGGGGCUAACAUGGAUUCUACAUUUCUUUGGUUCUUUAUUGCCAGGCUGUGCACAGGAUUUGAGAGCAGCUUUUCCGGAGAAGAAGGAUUUUGCUGCCAUUGACAAUCAUGCUACCGGCUCCUGGCAAGGUGUGAUAUUGUGACAUUAUGCCAGCAAGAGUCGCUACCACUACCCUUGGGAAUGAAGCAACAGUGUUCAGCUUGCAGUAUAUCUACACCGGCUCUUCACCCACUCUUCACCAGAUUGUUGUUUCAACCACAGUAGUAGGGUCAUUACUCACCUGCCUGUCCUCCUGCUUGUCCGUCCGCCUGUCAGCAACUUCCAAGCCUCCAAGAUAUCCCUGCCUGCAACACCGCCUCUCGUUCCCUCCCGCUCACGCCAGCCACAUUCCCCCAUUACCUUUAUUCAACCCUGCUGUCGCCGGAUCCACAUUCCCUGCCUUCAGCCUAUCAUCCAGAUCCUCCCCUACAAUAAAUCCUUUUCUUACCACA